CGCGUAGAACAAAUCAGCGAGAUGUGAAUCUCAAACACACAGUUGGAAUCAACUGGAAGUUCGCAGAAACCUAUCAUGGUUAUGACGUAACAUGCAUAAUUCAAACGCGUGGGCAGCACGAUUUAAUAAGCUAUGAUUCUCCAAACAUCUAUUUAAACGGUUGAAACCUCAGAAAAUGUUCAUAUGAUAACGACACAACCUGGAUAGAUAGAUCGUGUUUGGACUACGCUAGCGUGUAAUAGCUGGGUGAAAUUGUAGAAGUUUGGACAAUUAAGUGGACGUGUGGACAGUGAAAUGUCUAACUCGACACCACAUGGGCUUCAAAUUGUUAAAUGUAUUGUGAGUUUCUUAAUCUGUUGAAAUUACGACAGAAAACGGAGAUUAUGCUUUUUUUCUUCUAAAAUAUCUCAUGAAUAGAAAGGACAAGUAUUAUAGCAGGCAGACAGGUGUUGUAAAACGUUAACUAUUACCAGAGUUAUUCAUCGCGAGAAGCACACGUCGACCGGCCGUACGUGGAGUAGGGAUUGUGUUUCAUGUUUAUUUAAUUUUUAGCAAAGACCGGUCAUAUUGAAAAAAUAUAUGCACGUAUACUUGAUGAGGUACACUUUCCGAUGGUACUUAGUACGGCUAUAAGACAGCGCGUGCCGAGCUCGUAUCAGUCAAUGAGUUAAAUAGUCGCCCCAGUAAACAGCACACGCAGUAGCUUGAUAAUGAACUAUACCACGGAUUUUACCCGAAAUGUGGACAAUUUUACAUCCAGUAGCCUCACCAUGUCUAACAACACCUUGGAGCCAAUCUAUGAGGAGUGGGAGUAUAUAUACCCCUGGAGUAACGACACCAGCCUACAUUCGGACUGUGCGUGGGUGCUACCGAUACAGCAGGCCAUACUUGGAGUGGAGCUAAUUCUUACACUUAUCCUAAACGGAACUGUCAUUCUGUUGAUAAUCAGGAAAGGAAAACGAAAUAAGAUGUCUUUCUUCGUCCUAAACUUGGCUAUUUCAGAUUUCUCGAUGGCAAUCUUUUAUAUUUUACCUUUCUUCAUUACGCGACUGGUGGGGCAUUGGUAUGCUGGCUAUGGCCCGUGCAAGAUGUACAUGUACCUUAACCAACUGGCAAUGUAUUCCUCUACCUACAUGUUAGUUGUGAUGAGCGCAGACCGCGUGUACGCCAUAGCCAAGCCUCUAUCUGCCACACGACGAGGACUGACCUACCGCCGGUUACUGGUCGUGUCAGCCUGGGCAGUUGCCGCUUGUGUUGCUGUGAAGGACCUCCUUUAUUCAGACUUGUUGGCGGGUGAUAAUGGUGUGAAACUUUGUGAAACGGUUUACCCGGAGUCCCUUAUUAAACCCUUUAUCACGCUGGAGGCUGUAGUUAACGUGUUUUUCCCCGCCCUGAUAGUAACAAUCUGCUAUGGCUGGAUCGUGACUGUUGUUUCACGUAGAAUUAAAUACGCCAUCAACGCAAAACAGCAAAAAGCAGGGAAUGGUAAAACGGACGGUAAACGUACAGACGUGGUGAGACGAGCUAAAAUACGAAGUACAAAAGUCAUGUUUGCCGUCGUUUCAGUGUUUCUGAUCAGUUGGAGUCCGCAUACCAUCAAUUUUCUGUUGAUGGUGUAUGAAGUAGUGGAUUUUACCUGCACAACGUUCAUCUUGUUUCCAUUGGCGCCGUUAAACAGUAUGGCGAAUCCUAUAGUGUUUCUAGCCUUCAACUACAAUACCUUGUUUGUACAUAACAGAAAAGGGAGUGACUUAAACAGAACAAUGGACACUACUUAAAGGUGAUCGGCUGUGACAUCGAGGAUAUAAAUGAGGUCUCAAAUUAUAAUCUAUCGGAUUUCAAGGUUUAAAAAAGUGCUAUUCGUCCUGCAUCAGACUAGUGUUUGAAACGAGUUCAGGAGAUGGGGGAUACGGAACUUUUAAAGAAGGGGACUUGCACUGGUGUUACAUAUCAGGGUAGGGGUAAUGUGCUAUGUGUCACGCUGCAGCUUUGAAGGGCAAUACGUAUUGUGACGUUUCCCCCCUAUCGAUCAGGGCCCUGACCUUGACCUCGAAGUCCAGACUGUUUGUGUGAAUGCGUUAUAUAUGUCAGUUGUGCGUCCCUGGUCGUUAAGUGGUUGGUCAAUCACAGUCUGUAACUCUGUAAUGCGAGUACUAGUACCGCUGCCACCAUAAUUAUGUGCGUGACGAAUAAUUAACUAAACUAUACCUGCCUUGUAUAUACAUGUGCUAAUAUAUAUAUAUAUAUAUUUGAGACUAGUGAAUGAGCCAGUGGCUCGAUUUGACAGGGCGUUCCUAAGUUUAUCAAGGCCUUAUAAUUACUUGAUGUGAGAUUUAAAAAAAAUGAGUUACGAGGCCAGAUUGGUAAGCAAUUCCGUUGCGAUAAAUCAAAUA